AUGGCGCCGGAGCAGAAAUCAAGAAGGCGGAAGGAGCAGCUGGUUGACCAGCUCCCUAAACGCUUCAAGUCGCUCAAAUUCGGUAUUCAGUCUCACCAGGACAUUGUUAGCCAAGGUGUUCUCGAAGUUUCCGAUAAUUUGCUCUACGAUGUCGAAAAUAGGAGAACCGCGUUCCCUCACGGGCCUCUCGACCCUCGCUUGGGAACCUCGAGCACAAAUCGCGAAAGCAAGUGUGGGACAUGCCACUUAGCUGUACAGGAGUGCCCCGGGCACUUCGGCCACGUCCGAUUGCCGCUUCCCGUCUUCCACAUCGGUUACCUAAGGUACAUUCAAUCGACGCUGCAGAACAUUUGCAAAGAUUGCGCCCGAGUUCUUCUGCAGGAAACCGAACGACGCCAGUUUCUCAAAGAGCUCCGCCGCCCCGGGAUUGAUAAUCUGAGGCGUUCGGCGAUCUUGAAGAAGAUCAAUGAGCAGUGCAGGAAGGCGAGGACAUGCCCGUACUGUGGCUCGAUUCAGGGUGUCAUCCGGAAGCUGAGCGUGAUGAAGCUUGUCCACGACAAAUUUUCGGCAUACACGAAGUCGACGGCACAGAAAAAGAUCCCUCCAGAGAGCAAAGUGGAGUUCGAUGCCUCGUUCGAUCAAGCGAAGAAAUACACCCCGGAGUUGGAGAAGCAUACACGGAAGGCCAUGGAUGAUUUGAAUCCCCUCAAGGUUUUACACCUCUUCAAAGCAAUCAGUCAAACGGACUGUGAGCUUCUUGGAUUGGAUCCUUCGGAAGGCCGCCCUGAUAUGUUCCUAUGGCAAUAUGUCCCAGCUCCACCUAUUUGCAUUAGGCCGUCCGUCGCGCAGGAGAACGCCAGCAAUGAGGAUGAUAUCACCAGCAAGCUCUCGGAGAUUAUCCUCUACGCCGGGCAUUUGCGCGAGUCGUUGAAGAAAGGCGUUGCGCUCCCGGUAAUCAUGGAGCAGUGGGAGUUCCUCCAAUUGCAGGUCGGCAUGUAUGUCAACAGUGAUGUACCAGGUCUCUAUCAGCCGGGUUUCGGCAAACCUAUCCGUGGGUUUUGCCAACGUCUCAAGGGAAAACAGGGCCGGUUCCGCGGAAACCUGUCUGGAAAGCGUGUGGACUUCUCUGGCCGCACAGUUAUCUCUCCAGACCCCAACCUCAGCAUCGAGCAGGUGGCCGUUCCCCAACUGGUGGCCAAGAAUCUGACCUACCCGGAGCGGGUAAAUCAUGCCAACAUCGAAAAGCUCCGAGAGCGUGUCAUCACGGGGCCGACUGUUUGGCCGGGUGCCCAGGGAAUUAUCAAGAAGGAUGGCGUCAAGUACAACCUUAACUUCGGGCGGGAGAGUGCUCGUGAGAAACAUGCGAGUAGCUUGGAGUAUGGGGACGUGGUUGAGCGUCACCUGGAAGAUAACGACAUCGUGCUCUUCAACCGGCAACCAUCUUUACACAAGCUCAGUAUCAUGAGCCACCUGGUCAAAGUCCGGCCGUGGAGGACAUUCCGGCUGAACGAAUGUGUUUGCACACCAUACAACGCCGAUUUCGACGGAGACGAGAUGAACCUACACGUUCCGCAGACCGAGGAGGCCCGUGCCGAAGCCAUCAACUUGAUGGGCGUCAAGAACAACCUCAUCACCCCCAAGAACGGCGAACCCAUCAUUGCGGCUACACAGGAUUUCAUUACCGCAGCGUACUUGUUGAGCGGCAAGGAUAGGUUCUUUGACCGGACAGCUUUCACCUACAUCUGUACCCAGAUGCUUCUAGGGGACACAUACCUCGAGCUUCCUCCGCCAGCGAUCAUGAAACCCAAGGCUCUUUGGACCGGAAAGCAGAUCUUCAACGUCUUGAUGCGCCCCAACAAGGAGUCACCUGUCCUCGUGAAUCUGGAGGCGAAGAACAAGAUCUUUUCUAAGAAGAAGGAUGGCCAGAUUCCAGACAUGGACAUUGACGACGCCUUCUUGGUUGUCCGAAACUCGGAGGUCAUGUGCGGGAGGAUGGACAAGGCGACGGUUGGAGGAGGCAAGAAGAACUCCGUUUUCUACGUCAUCCUCCGUGAUUUUGGGCCGGACCAUGCGGCUGCAGCCAUGAACCGCCUCGCGAAGCUAUGCGCGAGAACUCUUACGCUGCGUGGGUUCUCGAUUGGCGUGGGCGAUGUCUGGCCAUCGCUGUCCUUGACGGACCACAAGGCACAAUUGGUGGAGGAUGCAUACAAGAAGUGCGAUGACCUCAUUGAGACCUACCGUCAAGGCAAGCUGGAAAAGGCCGCUGGGUGUAACCUGGAAGAGACGCUCGAGAACUCGAUUUCCGGUAUUUUGAGCAAAGUUCGUCAACAAGCAGGUAACUACUGCGUUGAAAACUUGAGCAACAACAACGCUCCGCUAAUCAUGGCGAAAUCCGGGUCCAAGGGCUCCGACAUCAACGUUGCCCAGAUGGUUGCUUGUGUCGGACAGCAAAUUAUUGGCGGCAAGCGUGUGCCGGAUGGGUUCCAGGACCGUAGUCUGCCGCACUUCCACAAGAACGCCCGCCAGCCCCCUUCAAAGGGUUUCGUGAGGAACAGUUUCUACACCGGGCUUGUCCCCACCGAGUUCCUUUUCCACGCUAUCUCUGGCAGAGAAGGUCUAGUCGACACAGCCGUCAAGACAGCUGAGACUGGGUACAUGUCCAGACGACUGAUGAAAUCGCUCGAGGAUCUUUCGACACAAUACGACGACACAGUGCGCACCUCGGAAGGAGGAAUCGUCCAAUUCCAGUACGGUGCCGACCGGCUCGACCCCGUGGACAUGGAGGGCGAGGCCAAGCCGGUCGAUUUUGGCAGGACGUGGAACCAUGCCCAAAGCAUCACGUGGAGCAAUUCGGAGUCGUCGUUGCUCCCGUGGCAGGUUCAGACAUUAUCCAAAGAAAUCCUGGAUGAGGAGCGCAAGAAGUACGUGAGACGCCACUUGGUCACGAAUGAAGAGAUCAAGUAUGACGACGAGACAAUCCGCAAAAGCAUGGAUCACGAUGUCCUGAUUGCGAUUGACGAGCACGAGAGCGCUCGCGUCUACCUCAACACGAUCCGGGACUACGUCCAGGGGCGUGCCAUGAAAUUGGCCAAGGCCCGGAAGGCUGUUGGCUUGGACCCAUGCGUCAAGGAUGAGAAGAUGCAAGGGGAGCUUGAGGCGUGGCAACCAGCUGUGCAGGAUGUUUCCGAGAUGGAAAUCGAUAUCAUCGAGGGACCUCGCGAUGCAUCCGAGUACGUCUUGGCAGACUUGCGUCGGGAAAUUGACGGGGACGACGAGCUUGACAGCGUCGCGAGACAGGCCAAGUCUGAGGCAAAGGCGUUGAGCCACGUCGACCGUGCCGCGAAGGUGUCGGAGCGGACGCUGCGGCAAUUCAUCCAGAUGUGUCUGCACAAGUACAAGAAGGCGCGGGUCGAACCCGGCCACGCCGUCGGCGCUGUGGGAGCGCAGUCCAUCGGUGAGCCGGGGACACAGAUGACAUUGAAGACGUUCCAUUUUGCGGGUGUUGCAGGCAUGAGUAUUACCCAAGGUGUGCCCCGUAUCAAGGAAAUCAUCAAUGCUUCAAAACUCAUCAGCACUCCGGUGAUCACAUGCAAACUCGAGAACAACCAGGACAUGAAGGCCGCGCGGGUGGUCAAGGGGAGGAUCGAGAAGACCUACAUCUCGGACGUCAUCUCGUUCAUCGACGACGAGUGGCUACCCGAUGUCGCCAAGAUUGUCCUCCAAGUCGACUUACAGGCCCUCUCGGAUAUGCAGCUGGGCAUUUCCAUCAAGGACAUCGCCGACGCCAUCAUCCGCGCCAAGAAACUCAAACUCAAGAUCGAAGCCGACGACCUGCGCAUCGGCAGCGACCGGGUCGAAGUAAUUGUCCGCAACACCUGGCAAGACGUAACCGCCCAGCGCAAAGCCGCCCGCGUCCGCGCAGCCGCCAUCGAAAAGGGCCAGCUCAUCUCCGCAACCCUCGACGAAUCCGCCGCCGACUUCCAACUCCGCGUCAACUUCCUCAAGCGCAUGCUCCCGCAGGUGCCCAUCUCCGGCUAUCCCGAAGCGGCACGCGCCAUCAUCCAAACCGACGAAAAAGACGGCAACACCGUCCUCGUCGAAGGCUACGGCCUGCGGGCCUGCAUGACCACCGAAGGCGUGAUCGGCACCAAGUGCAUCACCAACUCGGUCAUGGAAUGCCGCGACGUGCUGGGCAUCGAAGCAGCGCGCACCACCAUCGCUGUCGAAAUCGGCGCCGUCAUGAAGGAGAUGGCCAUCGACCCGCGCCACAUGGAACUGCUAGCUGACGUAAUGACUUACAAGGGCGAGAUCCUCGGGAUCACGCGGUUUGGUCUGGCCAAGAUGCGCGAUAGCGUGCUGCAACUGGCGUCGUUUGAGAAGACGCCGGAUCAUCUGUUCGAUGCGGCGGCGGGCAUGAAGAAGGACCGCAUUCAGGGUGUUAGCGAGUGUAUUAUCAUGGGCCAGAGCAUGUCUAUUGGUACGGGGGCGUUCCAGGUGGUGCGUCGGCUGGGGAUUCGGGACCACCAGGUGGCGCCGAAGCCGACGUUGUUUGAGGACGCGUGGAGGAAGGAUGAGAGGAUGAGGAGGAUGGGGAAGAAGCGCAAUGGGGUGAAUGGGGUGGAGCAGACGGGCUUGGUGGCUGCUGCUGCGUGA